AUCUGGAGCCUAACAAAAUGCCAGUGCCUACUGUAGAGGCUGAACAUUCCACAUCCCUGAAAAAGAUUACAGCUCCACAUGCAGACCAGGUUCAGACUCAGCACUCAAACUUAACUUCAGUCACAGGUCAGCCUUCAAAUCUGGAACUUACUACUCAACCUUCAGUAAAUGCUUUGACUGUGCAAAAGGAAAAGACCACCACCAGGAGUAUCAACAUUUGCAAGCUGUGUACCUGCAGAAAUGAGACGUUGUUAUGUACUGGGCUCAGUCCAAGUCAGAAGCUCCACCAAGUGCCUGUGCCAGCGCCUGACACCUACAAUGGCACCUUCACCAUCUUAAAUUUCCAGAAAAACUUUAUUUCCUACAUUGAUGAAAAUGUAUGGAAAUCAUAUCCUUGGGCUGAGAAAAUAAUUCUCAGUGAAAAUCAUUUGACUGAAUUACAUAAGGAUUCAUUUGAAGGCCUAAUAUCACUCCAGCAUCUGGAUUUAUCCUGUAAUAACAUACAAUCUAUUGAAAGACGUACAUUUGAACCACUACCUUUCUUGCGCUUUUUAAAUCUUGGUUGUAAUUUACUCACAGAACUGAGCUUUGGCACAUUUCAGGCAUGGCAUGGGAUGCAGUUUUUGCAGAUGUUAAAUCUCAGUCACAAUCCUCUGACAACUAUUGAAGAUUCCUUCCUGUUUAAAUUGCCAGCAUUAAAAUAUUUAGACGUCAGCAGAACACUUGUGUCACUCAACACAAUCGAGAACAUCCUCAUGAUGACUCUCGAAUUGCAGAAGCUGAUCUUACCUAGCCAUAUGGCCUGCUGCCUGUGCAAAUUUAAAAAUGACAUUGAGGUUGUCUGCAAAACAAUCAAGCUGCACUGUAGCAAUGCAUGUCUGAGAAACACUACACACUGUUUUGAAGAAGCGUCUAUAAGGAAUCCAAAAGGAACUUUCCUGAAGGCAUUGCAGGCCCGGAAGAGGAACACUAGCACUGAACUGAUAAUUGAGCCAGAGGCGCAAGUGUCACAGACACUCAACCUCAAUGUUCCAGACUUUGUGAACGAGCUGCUAGACUUUAAAGAUGAAAGCGAAGUCAUUAGUGCACUAAAUUAUGUACUGCCUUAUUUGUCAGGUGGCAAUCCAGGAAAUAUCAAGUCAGUGUUGCCAUUCAUUACACCAAUUUUUUCAAAAGUCCAUGACAGAGGUAAAUUCCUUGGUUUCCUGAAAACCAAGAAAAGGAGCCCCUCUCUUAAACCAGUAUACAACAAUUCAGCUUACAAAAGUAAGUUGAGGAGGCUGCUCUUUCUGCAAAAUAUAAUAAAUGCAAAAAUCCAAGAAAAAAUUGAUGAGGUUAAACAAAGAGAAAACACUGCCAUGCAAAUACAGCCUGUCUUGUUAGAUCCCAAAUUUAAACGCCACCUCUUUCCAAAGAAACUGGAAAUGGCCCACUCACAGCAGAGCAGCCUGGCAAGCACCCCAAGCACAAGGCAAAGGUUACAGAAAGGGGAAAAAGUCAUCAAGGGGCCAAAGGGCCUAAGAAAAAGGCAGCAGCAGGAGACAAUCAGGAGGCAGAACGUGCGCCCCCUUGUGGAGGGCACUGUGCAAGGCCGGCUGGGGAGCACAGGAGACAGGGAGCAGGAGGAGCUUCAUGUGGCCCAGAGGCCCUGGAACUUGGUGGCCAACUCCUUCCACCCAGCGCCCCCACUCACAGAGGAGCACAACGCCAGGGCCACUUCUUCCCUGAAGAAGUACAUCAGGGGCGGGCCAUCUGCUGCAGCCCGUGCAAAGUCCCUCCCUGAGGGCAGAAACGAAGAAAAAGACUUAACCUACACCAUGCUUCCUUUCGAAGAUACAAAGGCUAGCGCAAAAAAGACAGAGGCAGCAGAACCAAGCUCAUAUUCCAGGGUGAAUUACCAUUUACGGAAAACAUAUCCUCAUCCUGUCUUCAGAACACCCAAGGCCAAACUCAGGAGAGUAUUCAGGAGGAAAAAUUCCCUCAAGGCAAAGAUGUCAGUAAGAGAGCCUCCGUUCCUUGCACUGCAAAGUCUCGUCAACUCCCCUCCCCAAGAGCCUUCUCCGACUUCACCAGACCUGAGUUCUCAGGGAAGGCCUUCUGUGGAAGUCAUUGCUCGUCUGGUAUCUGUGACAGAAGGUGUUACUGAAGACAACAACACUGCAGAAGAUGACUUAGAAAACUCUUUGGCAGAUGACAUGGUUCUGCCAGAAGAUAUGCCCCCCGCCGACACAAUGCAGGGGCAUCCUUCGGUGGCAGGCUCCCCUGGGACUACACUCAACUCCAUGCUGACCGCUAAGCAGACAAGCGAAAGGCAACGGCAGUACCCCAAAACGGGCACGAACAUCCCCUCCCCGCCCACAGGCAUCACCUACUCCUUGCAGGCCUCCUCAGGCGAUGAGUUUGAACUUCAGCUAAGCCAGCAACUACGGUCCCUCAUCCCCAACAAUGACGUGAGAAAGUUCAUCUCAUACGUUAUCAGGACUCUGAAAAUGAACUGCUCUGAGCCCCACGUGCAACUGUCCUGUGCCAAACUCCUCGCCAGUACAGGCCUCCUCAUGAAGCUCCUCAGUGAGCAGCUGGAAGCAAAGCUGGCCAAGGCAGAAUGGGACAUGGAACAGUGGGAACAAUGGAAAACGGAGAACUACAUCAGCGAGAGCCCAGAAGCUCAGGGUGAUGCAAAAAUGACUGAGUCAAGUGAGCUCACAAAGGAGGAGGUUCCAGGAUUCGGCUAUAACAACAAACUCAUCUUGGUGCUAUCUGUGGUUUCAAUAGUGGUGGUUUUGGCUAUCAUUUUCUUUUUCAUUGAGAUUUACCCUCAUGCUUGUAGGAGAGGAGCAGAGGAUGACAUAGAAAAAUAUCCAAGGUAAGUACCAGCCUGCAAUUUUUAAAUCAGAAGUUUGGGAUUAGACGAG